GAGACCACACACAAAGUGUUUCGGACUGCAUAUUUUCCCACCCCGUUUCUGUUUCUUCUUUUCACUGCCCUUGUUCUCGUAACACAACUCAAUCUCGUCCUUUGCACGUCAUACAAACCUCUCUCCGUGUCACGGCCUGCCGGAGACGUUAUGGCUCAAGCAACCAUUGACCUCUCCGGCCUACUUACCAACAUCGAAGCCACUACCUGGUCGGCCGCGGAGGAUCUCGCCGAACUUAUUCAAGUCAAGGACGCCAAAAUCGAUGCACUCGUGAAAGCAAUCGAAGCCAAGAAUGCCCAGGUGGAAGCUCUCAUCCAUGCACUUCGGAUCAAUAACGAAAACGUGGACGCGCUCACUGAAACGAUUCGAAGCAACGAAGGCAUGGGAGGCGUGAGUAUUAUGCGCGACCAAAUACUUGCAAACGCCCGCGCUGUGUGGCCGAACGCGCAGCGUUACAACGGAAGAGGCAUCACGCACGUGGCUCUUGAUGUGAUCGUCUUCGGCCAAGGUUGCACUACGGCCGCUGCAGUGGUGCAUACCAGCGAGGAUGGCCGAUUGAUUGUGUUUGUCAGAGGCGGCGAUGCCAAUAGCGCGGGACAGGCGAUGUACAGCUUGUUGGAAACUACGAUGGCGAUGCUGAGCCACUUUGGUCAGCCAGUCUUUAGCGAGGGUGAUGUAUACGGAACCAUCGUGCAUGGAGAUGUCAACGGAGGACAUUGGUAUUGUCCACCACGCUCAUCCUUGGACGCUUGGAGCACAUGAAAAAAGCAGACGGAGGGCGUAGAGAUAUCGGGAAGCACGACAAGCGACAAGCGAACUAGCACCACACAAGCACUCAC